GAUAGAUGCACUGGUCAGGGUGCAGCCUAGUGGUCAAAGGGCGGGCUUGGGAUGAGCCGGACAUCCAUUUCACACUAUGAGUUUUUCUGGAUUACUUGAUAUGCAGUUCUGGUCAAUAGGGUUGUGUAUCAGGGUUUACUUCCCAGGGGUGGGUCGAAGGGCCUACCUUGGUGAGGUUUCACGUUUAAAAAAAUAAAAAAAAAAAUGUGUUGAGACUCCAAAAUUGGGAGCCCGGAGAUUAUUCUGGGACCAGAAAGGUUUGCCAUGUUUUGAGGGCUCGACACAACCCACUUCCUGUAGAAUUGCCCCACGAUCCGCUGUCCAUGGGGAUCACGUAUGCCUGAUCCAUGGAGCACCUGAACAUCUUUGAGAUGGGUGGGCUCAUGAAAAACGUGUACCAGAAAAGGUGGCCAAUGGUGAAAAACCGCAAGUGGCGAGUUCUCCCUGUUGCUUUCCAUUUUCUCGGGAAAAAGAGGGAGAGCUAUUGAGAUAUUCUGAAGUGACAUCCGAAGAUGGAGUACAAGAAACCCAAUAAGGAGAUGCCACGGCCACCCAAGAUGAAAAGAAUGCCCACGACGUUUUCUACUAUAGAAGUGGUGGAGAUGGGAGUUAACGACAGUUACUGUUGACUCCAAAAGCCCGCCCUUUUCGACUUCUUCAAAAAAAAAUGUUCAAAAUAACCCUACCCCAUGCACUGAUAUUGCUGAACGUCGCAGACCCUCAAUGAAUCUAUAGAAAACAUUCCCACUGUCAGAACUAACAAUCUGGAAAAAAACAUUUGUAAAACAGUAACAUGAGCCCUGACUAUGGUAGCAAAUUGCUCUUGGUUGUGUCUAUCUUUUGUUUCAAUGGUGUUUUUGGCAGCGGAAGAGGGACAAAAGUAGCAGCAAUUUCAGGUUUGCAAGGCAUUGAAUCUCAAAAAAGUAGCCUUUUACAUCACAAAGGAAGGAGAUCUGGUUUUUUUGAUGUCAUGAGCUUUGGGGCUCGAGCAGAUGGCCAGACUGACGAUACUAGGGCCUUCAGAGCAGCAUGGAAGGAGGCAUGUAAGUCCUCAGGUUCAGUAAAUCUUCUGAUACCAAAAGGGACAUACUUGAUUGGCCCCAUCAAGUUUGCAGGCCCAUGCAAUAAUGUAUCGUCUCUGACUUUUCAUCUGAAGGGUUAUUUGAAGGCUACAACAGACUUGUCAAAGUAUGGAUUCAGUGCUGGUUGGAUUGAAUUCAGAUUGGUGGAGGGGCUAACCUUGACCGGAGGUGGGACCUUUGAUGGCCAAGGUGCUAAAGCCUGGCCUUACAAUAACUGCCCCACUCAUUCCAAAUGCAUACUUCUUCCAACUAAUGUGAAAUUCAUAGCCAUGAAUAAGACAGUUGUCAGAGGCGUAACUUCGCUGAAUAGCAAGUUCUUUCACAUAGCUCUUGUGGAGUGCAAGAACUUCAAAGGUAACAACAUCAAGAUUUCAGCCCCAGCAAACAGUCCUAACACUGAUGGCAUCCACAUUGAGCGAAGCUCUAGUGUCUAUUUUUCUGGAUCACACAUUGGUACUGGUGAUGACUGCAUCUCAGUUGGGCAAGGAAAUUCUCAAGUCACUAUCUCAAGCAUUACCUGUGGACCCGGUCAUGGUAUCAGCGUCGGAAGUUUGGGAAGAUAUCGGAAUGAGGGAGAUGUAAGCGGACUUGUGGUCAGAGAUUGUACCAUGACAGGUACCUCAAAUGGCAUUAGGAUCAAGACCUGGGCCAACUCUCCAGGAAGCAGUGCAGCCACCAACAUGACAUUUGAGAACAUUGUCAUGAACAACGUGACCAAUCCCAUUAUAAUCGAUCAAGCAUAUUGUCCAUUCUCGUCUUGCACUUCCAUGGCACCGUCUCGAGUGAAGAUUAGUGACAUAUAUUUUAAGAACAUUAGAGGGACAUCAUCAUCGAAGGUAGCAGUGGCAUUGGAAUGCAGCAAAGGGAUGCCGUGCCAGAAUAUUUACCUUGAAGAUGUUCACCUGGACCUGUCAUCAGGGGAGAAACAUGCCACUUCCACUUGCAAAAAUGUUAGAGCUAAAUACAUUGGCACCCAAAUCCCACCACCAUGUUCUUAGUUUCGAUGUGGGAUUCAUGCUAUAGCUUUCUCCGAUGCUGUAUGAUCUGUAUAGGAUCUCACACUUUCAAGUGAAUAUGUUGGGAUGUAUUCCUGUUUUUGGGAUAU